GUUGAGCGCGCGCUCUGUCAGUCCAGUUCCAGCCAGCCCAACCGACCACUGACGGAACUUGUCGAACUGGUCCGAACCGAGCCGACAGAACACCUAAUAAACGGACCAACUGCGAGACCUUAGCAGACACUAGACGGUUUAAUUACAAACAGCAGGGAUGACGGCUCUGAGCAGCUGGGAGCUGUGCGUCAAGUACGCGCUCUUCAUCUUUAACUUCGUCUUCUGGCUGGCAGGUACUGGAGUGCUCGCUGUGGGUCUCUGGCUGCGUUUCGACACCAGGACAGCGGGACUAUUUGAAGGCGAUGGCGCGCCCACAGUCUUCUUCACUGGUGUGUACAUCCUGAUCGCGGCGGGGGCUCUGAUGAUGGUCGUCGGCUUCCUGGGAUGCUGCGGGGCGAUUAAAGAGUCGCCGUGCAUGCUGGGAUUGUUCUUCCUCUUCCUGCUCCUCAUCUUCGCAGUGGAGGUGGCUGCUGGGAUCUGGGGACUCUCCAACAAGGACAGGGUGGUCGAGGACGUUACAGAGUUCUACAAACAGACCUACGACAACUAUAGAAACACCAAACAGGAAGCACUGAAGGAGACUCUGCGGCUCAUCCACUUUGGGAUGGACUGCUGCGGUCCAACGGGGACGGUGAUCGACGCCGCCAAAGACAUCUGCCCCAAGAAGGAAGGACUGGAGGUCCUCAUUACCACGAGUUGUCCGGCUGCCAUUGACGAGAUGUUCAACAACAAACUGCACAUCAUCGGCGGGGUCGGCAUCGGUAUCGGCGUCAUCAUGAUCUUUGGGAUGAUCUUCAGCAUGAUGCUCUGCUGCGCCAUCAAGCGGUCCAGAGACUUUGUCUGAUCUGCCACAAAAAUCACACACAAACGCUCCCCGUCCUCCGUGUUUAACUUGUGUGCCCAUGUUUACCGACCUCCGCUUUUUAGAGUUAUCAGUUCAAUGAUAAUAAUCGAUUAGUUUUCGCUCCGUUUGGAUCCAUGCAGGAGGGAACACUGACCUGUGAGCGUGUGGAACCUCAGCACAGACCUUUCUUAAUCUCUCUGCAGGCUGAACACAGAGGGUUUUUUUUUUUAGUUGGUUUUCAAUUUGCAAUCUCUUUUUGAAUCACAUCAAAACACAGAGGAGGAGAAUCGUCUGCAGGAGAAAGAGACACGUGACUCUGCUGCCACCUAGAGGACUCUGCAGGUCACUGCUAUAACCCCCUCUUUAGUUCAGAUUCUGUUUUAACGUUAGCUGUCAUCUAACAGGAGUGUUUCAGAUUUUUACCAAGUAGCUUGUUUUUGUUUUAAUUUUUGCUCGUUCCUGAUGUUGCACGUUUAAAACCUUUUUUUUUUAUUUUUUUUUUUUUAUAAAUAUAUAUAUAAAAGCAGAACUAUGGAGUUUUAUGCAAAUAUUUUGAUGAAUGCAGCUCAAAUGUAUCUUUAAAAUGACAAAUAAAUGAACUAAUGGUAAAAACUGA